AUGACCAUCGAUUGUCCGGGCGCUGAGGACGAAGAAACAGAUUUGCAUAAUUGCACAGCAACACCAGUUGGUGGUCGUUGUACAUUCGAAGACGAAGACACUGCAAGAACGGGAUGUACAGGGUGGAGAUUUGAAACAUACUAUGUCCACAAUGGUCGGCGAGUUGAUGAGGAUGGUCAUCUUUUCAUGAGGCUUAAUUCGAGCAGUGCGUCACGAUACUCCUCACCGAAGCACGUCCCUCUUAGAGACCACACCUUUCAGCACUUCAACAGCAGCGGCCACUUCUUGUUCUUCACUUCUGAAGGUGAGCGUGAUCGAAACAGUUUUACGGAUACGAAGUCCACUUAUUUUGUGUCACCGUAUUUUCCACCCACUAAUCCGAUUUUAUAUGAUCCAGCCGCUCCCGCAUCUGGCUCAUGCAAGAUUCGUUUCUACUACUGCUCAUAUGGAAGUGCUAUUUCAACACUGCAGUUGACAGUGCAUCCGUUGAAUGGGCAGCCGGCCAAAAUCAUUUGGGCACCGCCAACUACGCCGCUUGGUGACCAAAGCUACUAUUGUGAAUGGCUGAAAGUAUCGGUGGAUUUGCCGGAACAGGUAUGUUCUCUUUUAAACUUUAACCGCAAGCUUUCAGCGUUUUCAGAGCGCAAUUUAACAAUUUUGAAUUAUUCCUGGUAA